UUCUCAGUUCUCCGACAGGCUUCUCCUUCAUCUUCUUCUUCCUCCGCCCACUACUUUGCUAUCUACUAAGUGAGCUUCAGAGAUAGUAAUGGCUGAAGGUUGUUCCAACUUUGACUCUGAAUGCAUACCUCCGCUCAGUGUGUGCGUUGAUAAUGAAACAUUCGAGGAUUGUACUCUUAUGAGGGUGGAAGGUGAGAAUGGGCAUGCUAUUCUCUUACAAAUAGUUCAGGCCUCGAGCGAUAUUGACCUCAUCAUCUCCAAAGCCACCAUUUCAGCCGAUAGAGGUUGGUUCAAGAAUGUUUUCCAUGUCAUUGAUCACUAUGGUCACAAGCUUAGAGACCCCAGCUUCAUACGCUACAUGCAACGAUCUCUUGAUGGUGACCAAGAAGGAAAUGGAUCUUAUCACAUCUCCCAACUCAGAAUCUUCCACGACAACAAAGCCAAUGUUCAACACUUCACCUCUGAGUGCAACACCCUCGAAAUAAGCUCUGUUAACUGCCCGGCAUUUUCUCUAAGGUCACCGCCGUGCUUUUUGAACUCUCUUGCAUGGUGGAUACGGGUGAAGUGUGGACUCACAACAGUUGCGCCGCUGGCAUCCCCAAUCGCUUGAUAUAUGACCAUAUAGCACCCCCAAAAGAGCAAAUCAUAGAAUAUAAACUCUAUCUUUUGUGAGCAGGAGAUAUGGUGUUGCAUUCACAAUCAUUCUUCUUUUCAAAGAAGAUUCAAUCCCCAAUUUCCUUAUGCAUCGCCUCUAGCUUGGGGAUGGAAUCGUUAUGAUGCGUAAGGAGAUUGCGGAUGGAAUCUUCUUUGAAAAGAAGAAUGAUUGUGACUGCAACGCCAUAUCUCCUGCUUACAAAAGAUGGAGUUUAUAUUAUAUGAUUUGCUCUUUUGGGGGUGCUUUAUGGUCUCAUAUCAAUUGAUAGUUCAGCAUAUUUCCACAAUUUCAUUAUAUUAUAGAUAAACGAUGAUCAAUGUCAACUCUUAAUUUAGUAAGAACUUUAAAUUUAGAUUUUUCUGUCUUUCUUUAUUUUAUUAAAU